AUGGAGGCCUCUUCCGCAGAGGGUUCCCCUGCAGUCACCCACAGUUCCCCGAGUUGUAGCUCCACCUCCUCCAGAAGGGCUUGGAGUGGCGGCUGCGGGCAGCGCUGCGGGAGGAAGAGCCACGGUGAGGACAGGGCCUGGUGCGGACGGGCCAGGGCGGGAGGCGAGAGUUGUGGUCCACUCCGAACCCCUGAUCGCAGUGUCGUGGAGGAGCUGCUGCGCCGUGGCGCCGACCCCAACCUGGUGCUCCCGGAUGGCGCGGCUGCCAUGCACCUGGCGGCAGGAGCCCAGCACCCGGGCGCUCUGCGAUGCCUCAAGGUCCUGAUGCGUCGAGGUGGAGACCCCAACGCUCGAUCGGCCGAGGGGCUGACACCGCUGCACGUGGCCGCUGGCUGGGGCUGUCUCCGCGGCAUGGAGCUGCUGCUGAGCCAGGGAGCGGACCCGGCGCUGCGUGACCAGGACGGACUCCGUCCUCUGGACCUGGCGGAGCAGCAGGGGCACCAGGACUGUGCGCACGUCCUGAGGGAGCUCCAGAUGCUGACCAGGACUCGGACCCGGGCAGAGACCGAGGAGCUAGAGCCUGAGUCUGGCGGCCCACGCCCCAGGGGAAAGAGGCUGAACAUCAGCCCCUUUGGACCUCCUGAUGUGACACUGGACUCCACAGCACUGGGCAGAAGUGACAGCAGGGACAUGGGCCUGGAAGCUGGCCCCAGACCCCCCAGCUUUCUUGCUCACUCUGAGACUGCUGACAAGGAUGACAGCUUAGAGUCCCCCCAAGAGCUGUGGGACUGCAGUUCAGAUGCCUCCUUUGUCACAGCAGUUGAGGCCUCUGGAGCUGAGGACCCAGCCCCCCAUACUUCUCAGUGGGCUGUAUCAUUGCCCCAGACCAGGCAGCAACUACUGCCUGGUGUCCAGCCAUCUGAGAGGCUGCCAAGGUCUCCAGGCACACCACAGCAGGCGCAUGGAGCCGUCAUGGCCUUCAAAGAGACUGAACUAAAUGCCCGUCUACAGGCCCUGACUCUGACCUUGACAGAUGCCUCCCCCAACACCAUCUCCCUCCCAGAUGCAAGCCUAGCCCACAGCCUCCCUCAAGAACCACUGCCUGGAUCCCCCAACUUUCACUUCCUAACAGACGACCAGGGGUCCCUUGAGAGUAACGUGGCCGCUCUCUGGCUGACAGAGGAUGAGGAAAGUUCCACAGGUGGCAAGGACCCCUUUCCCUCUUGCUGGUGCCUGCCAGACCCCACCACAUCUGACCUUGAGCUGCCGCAAGGGCUCCAGACACUUGGCAAGAGCCCAGGCCCCAUCACGCCUUCUGCCCGGCCAUACCAUCUCCGACGACUAGAAGAAUCCCAGGCUGUACCCGGCCCAGACUUUGCAGGGCACAGCCCAGAGCUAUCUGAGGCCUUGAGGACAGGCCGAAUCCCAGAUGCUCAGGCAGACGAGGAUGCACUUGCUCGGCAGUUUGAGCGGCCGGAUCCUGGCAGGAGGUGGCGGGAGGGUGUUGUGAAGUCCAGCUUCACGUAUCUGCUUCUGGACCCCAGGGAGACUCAGGACCUGCCAGCCCGAGCCUUCUCACUGACCCUGGCUGAAUGCCUUCGGACUUUUGUCCAUGCCAUCUUCUAUGUGGGCAAGGGGACACGGGCUCGGCCGAAUGUCCACCUCUGGGAGGCCCUCGACUACCAUGGGCGGCCAGGAAAACAGGCCUGCCCCAAGGUAUGCCAGAUCUUGGACAUUUGGGCCAGUGGUCAUGGCGUUAUCUCCCUGCAUUGCUUCCAGCAUGUGAUCGCUGUGGAAGCUUACACUCGAGAGGCGUGUCUUGUGGAUGCUCUAGGGAUCCGGACGCUGACUAACCAGAAACAAGGACACUGCUAUGGCGUGGUGGCGAGCUGGCCACCUGCCCGGCGCCGCCGCUUGGGGGUACAUCUGCUGCACCGUGCCCUCCUCGUCUUUCUGGCUGAGGGUGAACGAGAGUUGCGACCUCAGGACAUCCAAGCCCGCAGCUGAGCACUGUGAAAUUACCCAUCCAGCCUGGGUAGCAAUCAGGGUGUUCGGUUGUUCCAGCUGCCUUGUGCUUAGAGCAUCCCUCUAUCUCCAGCUCUAGAAGGCUGGUGAAGGGGGCAACGGGGCAGAUCUCCUCAGGCUACAAGAGUACUUUGUUACAGACAGAACUACUGGAAAGAUAGUGAGCUCCCAGGGAGGAGAACAAAUAGACCAAAAGGUUAUUUGGAACAUUUGGUGCUUUGGAAUAUUCCAGUGUUUUGGCAGUUUGGUCCUGUCUGGGUGGACAAAGUCCACUUUUAUCUACCAGACACAGGGGACCCAUACUGUGUGGGCUGGGGUCUUCCUCAGCCAAAUGAAUGGAAUCUGCCCCAACUCAAGAGCUGGGUUCUGCUGCUUUCCAGCUGUGGUACCUCAGACUAGUAAUUUGUUUGAGCCUCAGUUUCCUCAGUUGUACAAUGGGGGCAGUGAGAGGUCUUACCUCAGAGGUCAUUGUGGGAAUCCGAUUAAACAAAGUCAUGCAUUGGGGUGUGGCUCAGAGCCCUUCACUGAGCCAGAGGUGGCCCAAGUGGAAAGUCUCAGGGGGAGAAGGGAGUUGCCCUGAUGCUUUGGAAGGGCCGACUGUGUGUGGUGACAGGAGGCCAGGGCUGGGGAGGGUGUGGGGUGUGGGUGUGAGACACCAGCCCUUGGGAUCACUAUGCGACACAAGUUUCCUGACAUCGCUUCUCUGAACCUGUUUCUUCCACUAUAAAAUGAGAUUAAUAACCUUGA